AGAUGCUAAUAUCCGAAGAACAACAGCUUACAGCCAUCAUAAUGUCAUCCGCUAGUCAAAACGCUCAAUUCAAAUGAGUCUAUUACAUUAGCUGCACCAAUUUCAAGUACUUGGAAAUCACUGCUCCUUCGUCGGGACGAAAAGGGGCAAAUUAAUUAUCCCCGAGUUCCUAUCCCUGUUAUAUUGUAACUCUCGGGGCUUUUACGCCGUCGGAUGCCUGAUCCGUUUCAAACGUAUGCUCCAAACAGCAAGCUUCCCCACUGGCUAAUAGCUCGCUCGUGGGCCCCGUCAGGAACCAAUGCGAAGACUUGAUUUCUGUGUUCGAUGUCUUGACAGAGACACGAGAGUGAGUGGCACGCCCCUGUUUACAUCCGCCGCAGCCGUAUGCUUUCCAUGUGAUACGAGAAGUUUGUUCACGCGAGCGAUCCUGCGCGCGAUGGCGAGAUCCUCCGUCUUGCUCUAUCUGAGCGUGGUGCUCUUCAUCGUCCUGCUCCUCACCUUCGCCCCGAACCGCCCUAAUCACCCCCACCGCCGUCUCAGACUCCGCUCCGCCAUGUCCGGCCACGACCGUCGCAGCAUUCCCUUCGACCCUAUCAUCGCCGACAUAGAGCGCCGCCGCGAGGACCGCGAGUGGGAGCGGGCCAACUUCUUCCCCCAGGGCCACGCCCCCGCCAUGGAGGCCCAGCCCGAGUGGGAGGACUUCAUGGACGCCGAGGACUUCAUCAACGACGAGGAGCGCUUCAAUGUUACCGACCGCAUCGUAAAGCUUUUUCCCAAGAUCGACGUUAGCCCCGCCGACGGCUUCGUCAGCUCCGAUGAGCUUACGGAGUGGAAUCUCAGGCAGGUGGAGAAGGAGGUGAUGCACCGGACGCAGCGGGACAUGGAGCUCCAUGACAGGAACCACGACGGCUUCAUCUCGUUCGAGGAAUCCGAGCCGCCCAGCUGGGUUCAUCGAUACCAUGAUGAUAAUUCAACUGGUGAUCAAGUGGGGUGGUGGAAAGAGGAUCACUUUAACGCUUCAGAUAUGGAUGGCGAUGGUCUUCUUAAUUUGACAGAGUUCAAUGACUUUCUUCAUCCAGCAAACACUAACAGUCCCAAACUGAUCCAGUGGUUGUCCAAGGAAGAAAUUAGGGAAAGAGAUAAAGAUAAAGAUGGGAAGCUUAAUUUUCAAGAGUUUUUUAAUGGCUUAUUUGACUUAAUCAGGAGAGAUGAUAUUUAUAACCUUACACAUGUAUCUGAUGCUUCAACAGAGGCACCAGCUAAAAAGCUAUUCUCGCAGCUUGACCACAACAAAGAUGGAUACUUGUCUGAAGAUGAGUUGAUACCUGUAAUUGGUGAUCUACACCCAUCGGAGCAUUACUAUGCUAAGCAACAGGCUGACUAUGUUGCUUCAGAGGCAGACACGGAUAAAGAUGGACGCUUAAAUUUGAAAGAGAUGAUUGAAAAUCCAUAUGUAUUCUAUAGUGCUAUCAUUCCCGAGGAAGACGAUUAUAACUAUCAUGAUGAGUUCCGUUAGUUAUCCAGCUAAUUCAUUCGAGACACUGAUGUAUAUGAUAGUAGAUUCCUGUGAAUUUGUGCUGUUUGAUCACCCGGUCUUUUCUCUUUGCUUUUUAGCGUCGGAGUAGCAACAUAAGGAUUGUAUUUGUCUUUCUUUCUUAACCCGGCCGUGUAUCAUUGAUCGACAAAAUCGUCCUUUGGAUUUUUAUCAAAUAACACCCCAUAA